UGUACGCGAGAGAAAGUCUGGCUACGCGAGACUUGCCCUUUAUACAAGCCCUAGAUAUCUAGAGACAUAGGUCUCUUUCUAGGGCUCUGCCUUUGUACAGAAUACGUGCUUGCAUAGUGUAGUUUACUGUACAUGUACAACAGCGUUUACAACGGAUCUGAAGUAACAGACAGCAGAAGAGGAUGACAUCUGACGCUAAGUUGGAAACGAGAUUUGCUUGGUUGGAUCUCUUUUGCACUGGCACAUCUGAUCACACAACAAUAUGUUUGAAGCUUCCUGAUUCUCAUGUGGACAAGAUUUCUGAUGUUCAGCGGCUGCUUCAAUCUGAGCAUCAAAUUCCUGUUUGUGAUCAGCAAUGGCGAUAUAAUUCUCAAGUUUUGGGUGGAAAAGAGACUCUUGAGAGUCUCUAUUUUCGGUCUGGUGACAACUUUGAAGUCAGAUAUCUUGCUGCAGCAGACAUUCAGCAAGUAGAUGCAAGUGUUCAGCAGCUUAAAGAAUUUUACAGCAAAUUGAAACAUACCAGCAUUGAUUGGGAAUUCACUAGCCAAUCUAUUGAGACUUUAACAUUUGAGCACUUUCUACCCUGGAAGAAUGCUCAGUCAGUAGCUAAUCGACACUAUUUUUAUCAGCAAGGUGGGUUAGAUAUUUUUUUCGAUGUGUUUCGAUAUGUUCAGAAGAACAGGGAAGAAAUGGAUCCUUCUGUUACUGACAAUGGCACCGUGCCAAUGCUGUACUACGUUGUUGUGAUGGAAAUGGUUUGUUUGGAGUUAUUAUGGAAUUUUUCAGAAACUGGUCCAGAUAGGCAAAUUAUAAUGAAGUAUGGUGGUUUGGACAUGACAUUGGAUUCUCUAGUUCACUCGAAAGACAAAGGAUUUAUAGUGAAUGGACAGCAACUAGCAGACAUAGCUGUCGGAUGCAUAGUGCAGUAUGUAGAAUUUUCUGAUGCUCAGUUGCUGGUUGUUAAAAAUGUUGCUGCAAUGAGACAUUUGACAGAAAUGGUGUGGUCUGAUUAUGGCACUAAUCUCUACAGUUGCCAGAUUGCUGCAAACACUCUGUUCUGUUGUUCAUGUCUUACUGAUACACAUCCCUAUUUUAUUGAUGGUGGAAUCUGUGAUGACAUUGUGGCUGGCUUGCAUCAGAUUGGUGUAGAAAACGAUAUGGCUAUUAGAUACUUCACUUGCUCAUUACUGGCACAGCUUCGGGCAUCUCGUUUAUGUCUUUUGGAUGCUGGAAAAUGUCAGUUUUUUGAUAGUAUUGUUAAGAAGUUUCUUAUAGAUGAUGUGAUGCCUAAAGAUGUCUCUGAAUGGGAGCAAUCACAUACGUAUGUGUGGGUUAGUCUUUUACCAUUUCUCGAUUUGGCUUACAAGUCGGGUAAAAGACUCGUAUCAAUCCCUAAAACUCAAUGGAAAAUGCUGGGUAUUCCUGAUCACGCACUUGCAAUCGGAUCUAGAACCUCACAGGCUGCUGGUUUGCUUUGUGUCGACCAAUUGAGUUUGACAGAAGAUAACAGAAAAUUGUUCGUUAGUGAUGGUUUGCUCGGUUAUCUGACUUGUCUGCCUUGGUUCAUCAGUGAUGUAACACUGCAUAUUCAAGCUAGUGAAGUGUUGAAAAGGUUUAAAGUUUCGUCUCCACCCAAACUUCAAGAAAUCGCUGCAUCAUGUUUAGCUUCACAUGUUGGACUGUCUACAGUCGACGUGUUAUUGCCAAAGAUUGGAUAAGUAUAGUUAUUAUGCAGUAC